UCACGAUUCAUUUUCUAACCCAAACAAUCUUCUUUAUAAAUAAAAAAUAAAUUCUUCUCUACUCAUCAGAAAACUCAAAUCUUAAAACUUUCUGGAAAAACAAAAAUGUCAGGAAGAGGAAAAGGAGGAAAAGGGUUAGGCAAAGGAGGAGCAAAGAGACACAGAAAGGUUCUAAGAGACAACAUUCAAGGAAUCACAAAGCCAGCGAUUCGUCGUCUUGCUCGUAGAGGAGGUGUGAAGAGAAUCAGUGGAUUGAUCUAUGAAGAAACGAGAGGUGUGUUGAAGAUUUUUCUGGAGAAUGUGAUUAGAGAUGCUGUUACUUACACUGAGCAUGCGAGGAGGAAGACGGUGACUGCUAUGGAUGUUGUUUAUGCCUUGAAGAGACAAGGAAGAACUCUAUAUGGAUUUGGUGGUUGAUCAAUUUGAGAUCUGGGUUUUCUGGUGAAUGAUGAUGAUUUAAGUCUUGCGAUCAAGAAAUUCCAGAAAUUGGGUUGAAUUUUAGGGUUUCGUUUUGUGUUGUAAUUAGGGCAGCAUUGUAAUGGAUUAAUGAUAAGUACCAUUUGCUCUAAUUACUCUUUAAUCUCUGAAAUUCAUGGUAAAGGAUUAUCAAUCGAAAACUAAUCAAAGGAAUUGAUUGAACUAUGUUUUUGAAGAUUGAAAAACAAAUAAGGACUAAAUGUGAGCAAUUUAAAGUUUAGAGGUAUAAGAAUCGAAU